AUGGCAACCCAAACACUGCAUGGAAGUUGCGCCUGCGGACGAAACCGCUAUGUGAUUGAGAUUCCGACACAACAGGCCCAACUGGCUGAACUGAGAUACGACAACACUUCGGCAUCGCGGCAUCACUCAGCAAACCCCCUCACUCUCUGGUUCCGCGUACCUCUACCAUGGUACACAUCAGCCACGUUCGCCCAGUUCCCCGACGAGACGCGACUGAGCAUCAAGCGCAGCUUCGUCUCCCCAUUUACAUCGCAUACUCGUCGCCAAUUCUGUGGAUACUGCGGCACACAGCUCUCAUCGUGGAAUGAGCGAACUCGAGAUGAGGCUGAGCACAUUUCCUUAACCGUCGGCAGUCUGCUGGACGAGGACCAGGAGUUGCUAGGAGAGCUUGGUUACCUGCCCAGCAGCAGCGAGAGCAGCGACGACGAAUCCACUGCCGCUGGCCCCUCACCAUCGCAUCCUGCACGCACCACCGUCGCUCGCUCGGGACCGCAAUCGCGAGGCGCUCCUUGGUUCGAAGAGAUUGUGCGCAACACUCGGCUUGGACGCUUCAAGCAGCAGCGAGGUGGACACACUGAGAGUGGCGUGCAAGUCGAAUGGGAGGUGACGGAAUGGACUGAAGGCGACGAUGCCGACGACGAGGGCAGCGCUACGCCCAGCAAGCGCAAGAUUGGCGAUAUUGACGACGGCGAGGACACCGAGAUGCGCACCUAG